AUGAAGGCAGGAAACCUCAUUCCUUAUUGGCUCCAAGCCCCGGAGAAAGAAGUUGCCGAUCAAGCCGAAGUGACUACAAUGGCGCUCCUGAAUCAUAGGCAUGUCUUUGCGUUGCUUCAUCAUGUUGUACUCCUAGCGACAAAAUCCCACUCGUUCCUCAAUACCAUUUGCGCCAACAUCUUGUCUUCCCCCACUGUUCCGCAAGACCCCGCCAUGGUAGCCCCAGGAUAUCGUGACGACGACGAGGAGAACCAAGUCCCUGCCGACCUCCAUGCUCUACACGAUCAAGAGCUUGACGACGAAGACGAAGAGAAUGGACUUCUCCAGAUCCAGUCUGCCCCCGACCCGCCGAACCGUACCCUCCCUAUUCCCGUCUGGCUACGGGAAUCCGCCAGUUCCUUCAAAUACAGAUGGGUGCCGCUGCCUGUCCGUAAGGCGUCUCGGGCGGUGGUCGAUUGGGUCAAGGGACCCCUCCCUCCUCGAGUCCUGAAGAUUGAGCCCAUAUUCCCCAAGAUACAGCAGGCGCCUAUAAGUUUAUUGGACAAAUAUGCGCCCAACAGGAAACAACGAAUUAUACUCUUGGUCACACUCUAUGCAGCCUGGUUUUUGACGUGGUCACUCAUGCUCAAACAUCACUCGACUGCGGGCUUCAUCAAAGGCUAUGGGAGACCCGAGAAUGUGUGGUGUGGUGCGAGCUUCUGGAACGAAGGCAACGGUUGCGGACUCAAUGGGAAUCAGUGUCGACCGUUUUCCUCGGCGCACAUGGCCUUCCGGUGUCCCGCAAACUGCAAAAGCACCCAUCUGCUGGAAGAACGUAUCGUUGGCAACCAGUCACUCCGGUACCAAGGUUUAGUCGUUGGGGGCCCAAGAUUGGAAGACCCCGAGUCGAUUCCCAUAUAUCGCGGAGACAGUUUCAUAUGUCAGGCUGCCAUCCAUGCCGGGAUCGUUACGGACGCGGACGGUGGCUGCGGCGUAGCAACGCUGACAGGAUUCCACACAAACUUUGAGGCAAGUGAGUCCAACGGUAUCAAGAGCACAGCUUUCCCUGGCACGUUUCCACGAUCCUUCACCUUUCAACAUCUCUCGUCCUCACAGGCGCAAUGCCCGACCGACUCGAGGUGGCCACUCUUCGUAGUGACAGCAGUGGCCUUGGUGCUGUUGUCCGUGUUCACUACAUCUCCUGCCAUCUUCUUCUUCAGCACAUUCGUCAUUAUGUUCCUGCACGUGGGCCUGGUCUCGGAUCCGCCCAACACAGCCAACGUCUAUGAAGCUAUCAGCAAGCUUGUGGAAAGGUUCCUCCCUGCGGCAUACAUAUCCUUCAUCCUCUAUCGGUACUGCGCUAGGUCCCUGCUGACAGGGCUGACGGCGCAGAUCGAGAAGACGAUCCUGUACCUCGGCUUCUGCUUCAUCGGCGCAUUGAACAAUUACACAUUUGCUCCCCUUAUUCCGAUCGAGAGACUCACACCGCACGAUAUGGAGCAGCCUGGCGCUCCGUUGGCUCUGGCCAUCAUCGUCGCCAUCGUUUUGGCUAUUAUCAUUUCACAGAUCCAUUUUAUCCGCGUCUCCGGCAACAUGCCCAGAUAUCUUGCCAUCUACACUACUAUGGCUCUUGGACUUAUCAUUCUAUUGAUCCUGCCGGGCGAACGCCUCAGGAUACAUCACUACAUUUUGGCACUGUUAUUCAUUCCCGGAACAGCCUUUCAGAUCAGACCCAGUCUGAUGUACCAGGGGUUGUUACUCGGACUGUUCAUUAACGGUGUGGCCCGCUGGGGGUUCGCGUCCAUCAUCCAAACGCCCGCGGCGCUGGGCGAGACAGGUUCUGGGAGCGAUGGCAGCGGCUCGUGGUGGGGUGCCAAAUCGCCCAAUGUCACGGCCGUGGUCGGCCCGUACGGGUCCAAUAUCACCUUCAACUGGGGUCAGCUGCCCAAGGACACAGAUGUGGACGGCGUCAGCAUGCUCAUCAACGACGUCGAGAGAUGGCGUGGGUACACGGAUGAGGAAUUAUAUUGGGACCAGGAAGAAGUCACGAUCCAGCGCAGGAAACAGGACGAUGACGGCAUGCCCGAGUUCUUUAGGCACGUACAGUAG